CUAUUCUCAAUACGGCAAGUCCCUAAAAAUGGACAUUUUUUGGAGUGGAUAGAGUGUUUCUUUGAAACAAUAACUGAAGAAGAAUAUGACUGCGAAGUUAAUAGAAAGCGUAUGCCAUUUUCUUCAACUCCCCCUUUUUUUUUCUUCUUUCAAAUUAUAAACAAAAAAAAAUCAAAAUAAAAAGAAUCUGAAAAAAUGCCUACAGUGCCUGCUACAACACAUAUAUUAAAGAAAGUACGCUCAACAAGACCGAAAGUAUUUCAAUGUACUGGUUAUGGAGAUUGUCGAAUGGUAUUCACCCGUUCAGAACAUUUAGCAAGACACACUCGUAAACAUACAGGAGAGAAACCUUACUUGUGCAUAAUGCCUGGUUGCACUCGCAAGUUCAGUAGGUUCGAUAAUAUGAUGCAACAUACGCAAACUCAUAAAUUGGCGCGUACCAAGACAAAGGGGUCCAAAUAUGAGCCAGAAAGUACACCGGAAUUCGCCUCUUUGAAUGACUCAAGCGAUGAAGGAUCACAAAAAUGUGAAAAGAUGUCGUUGAGUCAAUUAUGCCAAACAUCUAUUUCUUCACCACCAUUACUCAAAGAACUUCAUUUGACUCAAGAUGAAUUUGAAGCUUUACAAGGAUUUGGAAGAUUUAAACACACGCCAAUCUUCAUCGAUUCUUUUCGAGAUUUAGCCUCUGUUGUUUACAUUGAGCCUAAUCCAAUUCGAAACUAGUCAGCUCUUUUUUUUUUUGCCUUUUUACUUUGACAGUAAAGGAAAUUUCAACACAUCCAUACGCAUUUUCUCACCCAUGCUACGCACCUAUGAAACUUUGUUUCCUCAUACAAAAACCCCUUGGAGGGCUAUAUGAUUCAUUUUUCACAUAACUACAUUCAAUACUUUUUUCUCUUUUCAUUUGUAAUCUUUUAAUAAAAAAAUUUUCCUGUCAUUAUGAUAUAUCUAAAAAAAA